CGCAUGAUCAUCAGCUUGGUUACUUGAUCCAACUGCUACUCUGUUCUUAAUAACUCCUCACAGCUGGCAAGCAUACCACCAACAUGAAGCGACUGCUUAAACUGGUCAAGAACCAUCCAACCUCAACCGCAUCCGCUCUACGCGCCUCGGCAGCUCCCCCAACGUCAGGAACUGCCUCCAUCGACAAUUUACAGGGCGCAUCUGCGGCAGCAGCAGAGCUAUCAGAUGUCCUUGGUGCCUCUCUCAAGGACAUUGACCUUGAAGGUGGCUACUUGACUUCAGCCUGAGGCAGCUUGCUCGUCGCUAAUAUCUACUGCUGGAAGAUAAUCU